AAUGCUCACUUGGGAUUCGCAGAAGUAGACAAACAAGAAACGACUGGCAAGAAAACUAAAAUAUCGGAUGAAAAAAUAUCCUUUAAAAUUAUUAGAACUGAAAGAAAAUUAUAUUUAGAGAUCAAGGCGUUUUCUUUAUCUAUUUAAAUUUUGAGAUAACUUCGAAUAAGUUGAGCUAGCCUCGUCCUGUUUUUGAACAUCGGCUUUUGUUAUUUGUUAUCUGUUAGCAGCUAGCAACUAUCUUGGCUGUUAGCUUAAAAUAAAUCGAAUUUUUUUUGGCUCAAAAUUACUUUUGAUUUUUUUUUUUCCGAAAAUCAUUUCAUUAGAACUAGCAUUUGAUCUUUUCGAGAAAAAAGUGAAGAUGUCUGAGGAUUAUGAAUUUAGCGAAGACCCGAGUAUGAUGAGGAUGGAGGAGGAUGGAGAGGCUAACAAUGACGACCCCAUGUCAGCUCAGGGGGAUGGCGGCCUGAUGGGGGACGAGGCCGAGGGAUCAAGGAUCGACGCCAGCAAAAACGAAGAAGAUGAAGGGAAGAUGUUUGUUGGAGGCCUGAGCUGGGACACCACGAAGAAAGACCUGAAAGAUUACUUUGCAAAGUUCGGGGAGGUGGUAGACUGCACAUUAAAGCUGGACCCCAUGACCGGACGCUCCAGGGGCUUCGGCUUUGUGCUCUUCAAAGACGCCGAAAGUGUGGAAAAGGUGGCGUCACAGAAGGAACAUAAACUCAACGGAAAAGUCAUCGACCCUAAAAAAGCCAAGGCCAUGAAGAGCAAGGAGCCGGUGAAGAAAGUCUUCGUUGGUGGUUUGUCUCCAGACACCCCAGAGGAGAAGGUCCGAGAGUACUUUGGUGCCUUUGGAGAGGUGGAGUCGAUCGAGCUCCCCAUGGAGAACAAAACCAACAAACGGAGAGGCUUCUGCUUCAUCACAUUCAAAGAAGAGGAGGCUGUGAAGAAGGUCAUGGAGAAGAAGUACCACAACAUCGGCCUCAGCAAGUGCGAAGUGAAGGUGGCGCUGUCGAAGGAGCAGUACCAGCAGCAGCAGUACUGGGGGGGCAGAGGAGGAUACUCGUCCAGGUCCAGAGGAAGAGGAGGCGGCCCGAGCCAGAACUGGAACCAGGGUUAUAGUAACUACUGGAACCCGGGCUACGGAAAUUACGGCAACUACGGUUACGGUAAUCAGGGCUACGGAGGCUACGAUUAUUCUGGAUACAACAACUACUACGGAUAUGGCGAUUACAACGAUCAGUCGGGCGGAUAUGGGAAGUCGCCACGGCGUGGCGGUCACACCAACAGUUACAAACCGUAUUAAAGAGGCAAACCCUCACCGUCAAGUAGGUAUGUAGAAACAACAACAACUUUAUUGCUGCUCAACUAAAAUUAGCUACAUUAACUUUGGUGUUUGUAAUUGUUUUGUAUAAUUUUCUUGCGUAAAUUUCUUUCUCUCAGCACCCUCAAGUGCUUUACAGUAGUGGUAACAUAGAGGCUACGCUCUUGUGGCGAUUGAUUUUUUUUUUUAUCGGCGGGCCUUUCUGCUGCCUCUUCUUUGUGUUUUUCUUUUUUUAAGUGUAAAGUUAACAGGUAAAGCACUGCUACUACAGUAAAAUGGAUGCCAAAGUUAAGGAUGUGCAAGGAAACAAAAGGAAGUAUGUUGUCUCCUAACACUGACAUACCUUGUUUGUACCUGCCAGCGGAGCUUCCUUGCAGGCCAUGAGCUGACUCCCAGAUACUCUCAGGGCCCGCUCAAUGCGGACCGGGUACGAGAAGCAUACGCUCUCGAAUGCUGCCAUUUGGUAUGGUCUUACAACAUCCUGUAUCCGCAUUUCUAAACUAAACAAUAUGGGGACACGUCCAGCUUUGUCAUCUUUCUUUCCAUUUUUUAAUUUCUUUGAAAGUGUUAUUUAAUGUAACAAAAAAAAGAAGUAAAAUCUACACAUGUAAUUGUCAUUUUUUACAGGCCCUUACUCCCCCACAAGUAAUGACUUUAAAUCUGAAAGAUUAACUAUUUGCUUUUUAAAGGAUAUGAACAGCUUUCUCUGGAUUUUCCAGUUCCCUAAUGUUAAUAUAUUCAUUCCUAAUCAUAUGUAAAAUGUUUUUCUUUAUUUAGCCCGUAAUCCACCAGCUAAAGCUGGUUCGUAUUCGGACUCUACUGUGUUGGGGGAUAAAGUGCUUUUACGUUGUGUAAUUGUAUUGGUCUGUUUUUGUAUUACUGACAGCGAUGGAACAGACUCCUCUUUUUGUUAAUUUUCCCGUAACACAUUUUUCUUCUUACAACCUUUGAUAAAAAUGAGUCAGAGUGUCGCCACAUUUGCAGACAUUUGCAUGUAAUGCUUUCUUUAAUGUGUAUUUUUGACCAAUCUGAAGCUUUCUUCCAUUUAGACUUCUUCUAGCUUUUUUUUUUUUUUAAGAUGUAAAAUGUUUAAAAUAAUUGUUUGUUUUUUAUAUUGGACACUAAAAACACAGGGGAUUCCUAGAUUUCUUAGUAUUUCUCUCAGUGAGUUUGUUUUUCCCGCAUGACUGAUGGGUUUCUUUUCUUUUUUGUUUGACAGGUUUGAGUGAUGAACGUCUGCAGAGCGCUGGAGGAGCGUUGACCGGAGCCAUGAUCCAGCAGCAGUCAUUACGUAGAGAUAGAGCAUUUAAAACAAAAAGACCUACGUUUCCUCCAUAUUUACAUACAUAUUUCAGUGUUCUGCAUUUGUUUAGAUGGCUUUUAGCAUUUAUUUGUUCCUCCUUUCCCUGUUGAGUCCUCAACUGCUGCUAGAAAGUGGCUUCAUUUAGUCCAGUACUGAAGUGUAUCGUUGGUUCCAACAAAUCAAACAGAAAAUGUGUUUUUUGCGAAGUUUCAGGAUUUUCUUUCCUUCAUUUUAUCGUCUGUCAUAUAUUACAUGUUAUUACAGAGGUUGACAGUCAAGAACUUACUCUCUCUAUAUAUAUAUACACAGUGUAUUGGACAUUAAAAAGGCAUCAAUAAAAACGUUCUAAACA